UUCGGCGCUAACGUGUGUUGCUUUCCGUCGGGAAGUCCAGGAAGUCCAGUUCCAGGUUUUGUGGCGGCCUGUGUGUGAGUGUGUAUCAGGCAGGCAGCGUGAAGGCAGCAGUAGAAGGACUAUGGCCGCCUCUCUGACUCUGACUCAGGAGAGGAGCUGAGAGUGUGAACACUUGAGUGGCUUCAUUGCUGCGCCAGUUGUCCAACUAAACAGUCUUCAAGAGGACACGUUGAUGUUUGCCCAUCCACUAUUUGACUACAGCAAGGAUCUCUAACUUUACUAUUUACUUUGACAAAAUGAAAGGAGAGCUCUCCAGUGGAAAUCCCAUUUAUGACAAAUACUACAGACAGGUUGAUCCCAGAGGCAGUGGGAGGGUGGCCGCAGCAGACGCAGCUUUGUUCCUGAAGAGGUCGGGCCUGGCUGAUCUGGUUCUGGGCAAGAUCUGGGAUCUGGCCGACUCAGAAGGCAAAGGUUUUCUCAACAAACAGCAAUUUUUCAUCGCACUGCGCUUGGUGGCGUGUGCUCAGAAUGGCCUGGAGGUGGCACUCAAGAGCCUUAAUGUGGCUGUUCCGCCUCCCAAAUUUCAUGAAACAAACAGCCCGCUGUUAGCUGGGGGGACAGCCACUGAUCUUCCCUGGGUGGUCAAGCCUGAGGAGAAGUUGAAGUUUGACUCCAUCUUUGACAGCCUUGGUCCAGUAGGUGGCAUGCUAAUUGGGGACAAAGUCAAGCCUGUCCUGCUCAACUCCAAACUGCCAGUGGACAUUCUUGGCCGGGUGUGGGAGCUCAGUGACAUUGACAGAGAUGGCAUGUUGGACAGGGAUGAAUUUUCUGUGGCCAUGUAUCUGGUGUACAGAGCUCUGGAAGGAGAAUCUGUUCCCAUGUCGCUCCCGCCUCCCCUGAUUCCACCCUCCAAGAGGAAAAAGCCCUCAGUGCCUCCUGUGAUGCCCUUGUUACCCUCGCCCCCGUCCGUCAAAGACAGUCGCGCCUCCCACGCUGGCUCUAAGACCAUGCCCCAUCCCCCUAAACCCGCCCAGUUGCCAACAGCCGCCCCUUGGGUGGUGUCAGCAGUGGACAAGGCCAAAUAUGAUGAACUCUUCAGCAAGACAGAUGGAGACAUGGAUGGGCUUGUGUCUGGACCUGAAGUCAGAGAUAUCUUCCUCAAAACUGGUCUGCCUUCUGCUACGCUUGCACGCAUUUGGGAGCUUUGUGACAUUGGCGACAUUGGAAAACUGACCCGAGAGCAGUUUGCCCUGGCACUCCAUCUGAUCAAUCAGAAGCUGACGAGAGGCCUUGACCCACCACAAAGCCUCUUGCCGGAGAUGAUCCCUCCCGCUGACAGACAGAACAUCAAACAGAACAACAUGGCCAACCUGGCAGCUGACUUUUCUGCCAUCAAGGAGCUCGACUCGCUUAGUAACGAGAUUGUUGAACUACAAAGGGAGAAAACCACAGUGGAAGAGGAGAUCAAGGAGAAGGAGGAGGCUAUCAGUGAGCGCAACAGUGAGGUCCAGGACCUGCAGGACGAGGUGGCGAAAGAGAGCGAGGAGCUGCAGAAGCUCCAGACUCAGCGUCAAAAGAUCCAGGAGGCAUUGGAGGAGCUGGACCAACAGAAGGGCUCUCUGGAGGAGCAACUGGCUCACAUCCGCAAGCAAACCAGCCAAGAGACCCAACUGGUGUGUCUGGCAGAACGCUCUCGUCACCUCCCUGAAAACCUAAUUUCAUCGCUGCAGUCGGAGCACGAGGAGCAGGAGCAAAGGAUAUGUCAAUAUGAGGAGGAAUUAGUUCAGGCUAGAGAGGAGCUCCUGGCUCUGCAGGAAGAGAGCAGAAGGCUGCAGGAGAAGGUGCAAGCUGCUCAGGAGCAACUUACACCUUUGCAGGAAUCUGUGCGGGAUUCUUUCACACAAGUUUCACAGGUCCAACAGAAACUGAACGACCUUCAGGUGGAGGAGAGGUCGGUGUCAGCUCAGCUGAGCUGGAAGAGAGCUCUGGAAGAUAACUCUCCCAUCAUGGUCAAUGGAUCAACAGGGCCCACGCCAGAGCUGCAUCAUGGGGAUCCUUUCCAGCAGGACCUCUUCCAGGAAGACCAACCUAAGGAACUAAAGGAAGAAGAAUCAGCUUCUGGGUCAUACAAUCAGAAAGACCUCACAGAACAAACAGAGAAAGGAGUAAAUGGAGGAAAAGAGGAAGAAAAAGAGGGCAAGCGCCCAAAGACACCAGAAGAGGAAAAACUGAAACCUGAUGCCUUGGAUGACCUCUACACUAGUCUAGCCUCCUCUGAGAUGUACACCCUCAACAAGUCACAAGAGAAAACUGUUAAUGAACACAGUAAUCCUUCACCUGAUGUCUCCUCAGAAGUCCAAGAUGAUGUGGUGCAGUCAUCUAAAUCAAACCCAUCGAAGGUCGCAUCAUCAGAGCCAGAGGUUGAGCAGAAAGCUGGAGAAUCCCCGGAAAUGAACAAAUCCUCUCUCCCAACACAUGUUGGUCCUCCUCGUUCCAUUCCAGCACCACCCAGCCCGCCUGAGUUGGACUUCUUCCAUUCAGACCCGUUCACAGACAACGAUCCAUUCAAAGACGAUCUGUUUGGAAAACCAGAUACUGCAGAUCCGUUUGGAGGAGAUCCAUUUAAAGGAUCAGACCCCUUCGCUGCUGAUGAUUUCUUCACACAAACCACCAGCAGCCAAUUGCCUUCAGAAGACCUCUUUCCUGGCUCUACCGACCCAUUUGGUACCACUACUGGUGUGCCAGAGCCAGACCUAUUUGCAGCCAAGCACAAGGAUCCUGCCCUAGCACCGACAGUAGAAGCAGACCCUUUCACUUCCCAACCCACAAACGCAACCCUACCAGCCACAGAUCCUUUCAACUCAGAAGGCAACAACACUGCUGAAUCAGACCCGUUCAGUCACAAGAUGAACUCUGCCGCUGAGGUGGAUCCAUUUGGAUCUCAGUAUGGAGGGACAGAUCCGUUUAACUGUUCGCCGCCCACUGCUGCGCUGGUAUUGAAGGACACCACAGCAGCAGCCAAUGACCCUUUUGCUCCAGGUGGUACGACCGGGAGUGCCAACUCAGACCCAGAUCCAUUUGCUGCUGUGUUUGGGAAUGAGUCAUUUGGAGGGGGCUUUGCAGACUUCAGUGACCUUGCAAAGUCAAAUGGCCCUGAUCAGUUUGGCAUCAACAAUAAGAACUUGUUCCAAGAUGAUAGCCAGUCUGCCAAUCCUGACGUUCCCCCAGCCCUGCCUCCCAAAACGGGGACGCCAACGAGACCACCCCCUCCACCUCCAGGUAAGAGAUCCUCCCUCUCCAGAACAGAGUCCUCGGACUCCUUCCAUCGACGAGGGCACUUUCUCCCACAGACCUCGGGAGAGUUCUCCUCCUCUUCCUCCUCCUCUUCCCUGCCUGCCAAGGAUCCCAUAGCCGACCCCUUCGCCCCUUCUUCCCCUCCUCGUCAGCACAUACAGGAAGCUGACCGAUUUGCCAGCUUUGACAAAUACCCAACGGAGGAAGAUAUGAUCGAGUGGGUAAAGCGCGAGAGCGAAAGAGAAGAGAAGGAGCGUCUUGCCAGGCUUACCCAGCAGGAACAAGAAGACUUGGAGUUGGCCAUUGCUCUCAGCAAGUCUGAACUCUCCUGAGGGGGCUUCCAGCAAAACCCUGCCCCACUCCUUCAAAAACCCGGCACAGCAACAGGUGGCCUGUUUAAGCACCAAAGCGAAAGUGGAGACUUAAACCAAUGUUGCCCUCAAGACUGGCAUGGCGGUGUCUUUUACAUCCUUUUAGGAGAACCGUAAUGGAGCAGAUGAACAGGGAAACCCAGCUUGUCAAGUCCUGUCCCUUUAUUUGUCCAGAAUGUAACUUAUUCUUAAACCUGAACUAGAGCUUUAUCCACUAACUCACUACAGUCAGCCACUUCUGAAAACGUCAUCACUAAUCACCCUUAGUAUUCUCAAAUGUGCAGAAGCGGGUUUAGAUGUCUCAAAGUGAAAUAUCUGGAAUGUAGCAGCCAUCAUGACUGAAUGUGAUUUUAUUUCAUUAUUUUCCAAACAAGAUGACAAAUGGGGCUUGGCACGUUCUCUUGACCUGUGAAGUGCAUGCUAGGUUCUUACAUUAAAAGAGAAUAAAUGGACCGUGAUGCUCACCAUGGUUUAUUUUAGCGUUGUGUAGGAGGAAAGCAUGAACUAAGUAGCAUAAAGAUUCUUUAUAUUUUCAGAUAUAAAUUUAAGUAUAACAUAACUGUGAUUUUGCUAUCAUUUUUUAACACAAAUUCAUUUUUAAAGAUCAAGUAAGGAGAUCCACUUGUAACGACAGUUGGGCUUUUGGGUGCUACUCGUUUAAGCUCCUCAGUGUGUAAGAAAUAAAUGCAAAGGUCAUUAAAUGUACACUGAUGUGAUGGGUUUAAUGUGCGAUAGAUCAUAAUAUGUACUAAAAGCUAAAGCAGAAGCAAAUGCAUGCACUCAAGGUGAUAUAAUAGAAGCCGUACCUCUAUUAAUGUUUCAUCCACUUAAUUCACAAUUCACCACUGAGAAGUUGCUGGGCAGGAGUGUCGAGCUACACCCUCACGGAAGCGUAUGUACAAAAUAAGGCCACCUCUCAAAUGAAUGCAUUGCUUCAAAUACAUCCUUUGUACUCUGUAGCUAAAUAAACACCUAGAAACUGCUCUCAGUGCAGAUAACUGCAACCACAAUAAACAUAUUGUUACACAAAUACCUCCCUGACAGUGUUGACACCUAAUAAUAUGACUCCCACAUGUUAUAGAUAUAUUCUGUCUAUGUGUUAAAUGCUGUAAUGAAAUUGUUUUCCAAUUAUAGAAUACCAGAAGAACCUGAACCUUUCCUAAAUGCCUUUUCUCUUCUGCCCUUCCCCCCCUUCAAUUUCAUUUGUACAGACUGUUCCCCACCCGCAACCACCAUUUCUACUUACAGGUGUGCUCACAAAAUGCAUUUGAUCUUUUUUCUGAUGAAUAUAUAAUGCACUAAAUUGAAACGGAAUAAAUAUUUGAAACCCUAUA